AUGGAUAGAAGAUUCCACAACUUGACUCUGGAGCAAGUCCAGACUUUGGACCAGGUGUUGACAGAGGUAAUACCCAUCCACGGCAGAGGAAACUUCCCCACCCUGGAGGUUAGACCCAAGGACAUCAUCCACGUAGUGAAGGACCGGCUGUUGGAGAGGGAGAUCAGGGUCAGAGACAUCCGCCUCAAUGGCUCCACCGCCAGCCAUGUGAUGGUCAGGGACAACGGCACGGGCUACAGAGACCUGGACAUCAUCUUUGGAGUGGAGCUGCCCAGACAGGAGGACUUCCAGGUCAUCAAGGAGGUGGUGCUGGGCAGCCUGCGUGACCUCCUUCCCCGUGGGGUUAACAGACGCAAGAUCACCUGCCUCACCAUGAAGGAGGCCUAUGUGCAGAAGAUGGUCAAGGUCUUCAAUGAGCACGACCGCUGGAGCCUUAUCUCACUGUCCAAUAACAGGGGUAAAACAGUGGGGCUCAGGUUUGUAAGUUCCCUGCGACGCCAGUUUGAGUUCAGUGUGGACUCCUUCCAGAUUAUAUUGGACCGUAUGCUGGAGUCAUACUGGGAGACUGAGAGGAGGCAAGGAGUUCAUUCGGCCCCAAGGGACAAGGCCAGCAUCACUGUGGUAGCAGAGUGCAUGUACGGGGACUUUGAGCAAGCCAUGGAUCAUCUGCGUUUCCGACUGAUUGCCACCCAUAACCCAGAGGAGAUCAGAGGAGGUGGGCUUCUGAAGUAUAGUGACCUGCUGGUGAGGAACUUCAGGCCAGCCAGCGAGACAGAGAUCAAGUCCCUAGAGCGCUACAUGUGCUCCCGCUUCUUUAUUGACUUUCCUGACGUUAGCGAGCAGCAGCGCAAGAUCGAGGCCUACCUGCGCUGCCACUUUGUUGGCGACGAGGAGACGAGCAAGUAUGACUAUCUGAUGACCCUGCGUCGGGUGAUAGAUGAGAGUACAGUGUGUCUGAUGGGACAUGAGAGGAGGCAGACACUCAAUAUGAUCACUGUGCUGGCUCUGAGGGUGCUGGGGGAACAGAACGCCAUCCCCAACACUGCCAACGUCACCUGCUUCUACCAGCCUGCGCCAUACAUGGCUGACCCCAUAUUCAGCAGCUACUACAUUCCCCAGGCAGCACAGCCACCCCUGCUUUACCACCCCUACCCUUUACAUGUCCACAUGCAGACCGGCCUGGUGUAG